GUAUACAUUUUUACUUUUUUAACAACUGUUAGAGUUGAGAUCUUAAAAUGCAAUGAGAAUGACUUAAUUUGGUUAAGAUGUAUCUUAUUUAAGUCAUAAUGAGUGGACUGUGGCAAUGCCACCUAUACUAAUUAACCAAUAUGUUUAUAAUGACUGUUUUUGUCUGAAUCUGGUGCAAAAUAGAUAAAGUCUUCUUUAAAUAGGCUAGAAAGUACUUGAUGAGAUGGGAAUAGUGAGGGCCUUUUUCUUUUGACUUCUCAUUUUUAAGAUUGUACAUCAUUAUUUUAGCAUCUCUUAGAAGUUACCUCUUUAGACUAAUGUUUGAUUCAAGUAACCUUUUACCUCAACUUAAACAUACUAUCCUCAUAUUUGUUUACAUUUUAAUUUGAUUUGAUUCCUUUUGAUCCCCAGUUUUAUUGAUUUUACAUGUUAUAAUUAACUCUGUUUAGGCUGAAUAAUGUAUUUUUUUUUUGUUAAACUGCACUUUAGUCCAAUUUGUGUUGUUUCAAAUGUAUUUUUAAUAAACUAAAAGUUGUAAUUUUUGAAUCUUUAAACUUUGAUUUUUUUUCUCCACCUUUUUGUUUACAAUAACUACAUAAUACAUAUAUAAACUGGUCUACUAUUGACUGACUGAUUCUUUGUACCAACUGAUUCUUGCUAGAACAAAAAGAAACUUGCACACAUGCCAAACAUCAUCCCCUUGCAUAUUCACUUAAAGUAAUGUAGCCUUCACCAUCCUGGCUAGAGUUACCUCUGUGAAAAGGCAAGAAAAGGACACCUGCAGGAUUGAUUACGUGAUCUGUUCUGACACAGUUACCAGUUCUGCACUGCAGUCCACUGUUCCAGUAUCGCCAGUAUCCCUAUUUAUCAAAGAGAGGUCAUCAUCCUAGUUUUAACUCAGUUUAAGCUGUCAGGAGAAAGUAUUUAAGCGCAUAGAUCUUUUAUCACAGGGCUUUGCAUCAGCUGUUGGAUGUUGUCCUAUCAUGACUGUGAAGCAUUUCUCAGUGGAGUCUGACAGAGUGAAGGACCAAGGCACCUACUCCCCAGGGGACAUUCUUUCUGGAAAAGUAACUGUGGUAACCACCAAGGAGAUCAAAGUGCAGAGCUUUUUGGUCCGAGCUAAGGGAAAGGCUAAGGUGAUUUGGUAUGAACAAGAAGGACAAAACUCUGUUGUUCGGAGCAACAAGAAGAAAUACUUCUAUUUUGAGCAUAUAAUUCUUCAAGAUAAAAACAAGGGAGAUGGUUCAGAAAUCAUGGGUGCUGGGAUUAAUGUUUUUCCAUUCAGCUUUGUGAUUCCAAGCAGAGACAUGCCCUCAUCUUAUAAAGGCAAAUGUGGUGAGAUCACAUAUAGUUUGCGAGCUCAUUUGACUCAAUCAAUUUGGCUUGUACACAAAACCAAGACUGAGUUUCCCUUUCUAACCAGCUCUGAGUUUCCUUUUGCCUCCAAAUCAGAAAUGAUAAUCAUUGGGCUGAAGGAGCAACAGCAUGCAACCAGGAUUUCGUUUUGUGGCUCUGGGAAGGUUACUAUGAAUGUGACCUCUGAAAAAAUGGGCUUAAAGCAAGGAGAAGCAAUGGGAGUCUUUGUGGAGGUACUCAAUGAGUCUGCACACUCUGUAACACCAAAGUUAUACCUGUGUGAGAAGCUAACCUUUGUGGCCCAUUCAAAGAAGAAAGUGGAAACAAAGGACAUCUUGUUCGGGAUAGGAGACGCUGUUCCAGCUGAGAGCAGUCACACUGUAACCAAAGUAUUGAUCAUCCCUCCACACCUUCCUGCUACCUUCUUCAACUGCAGCAUGAUGAAUCUGGAGUACAGAAUCAAGAUCACUCUUGGUGUCCCUUUGCUGAGAGACGCAGAAAUUAAACUUCCUCUGGUCAUCCUCCAGGGUUCGCCAAAACCUCUUCAACAAAAACCAAAAAGAUCCAUCUGGUUUAGAAAACUUCCUGAUUAAAAGAACAUUCAUGAGCAAGAAGAAAAGGGUAUAAAUACGUACUUUACUUUCAGGUAGUAAUGCAGGGUCUAUGGCCAUGUAUGUAGGUAUUGAUAUUUUUGUAACUGCAUUUACAUUACUUACAAGAAUGAUUUCUGUUGCUGUCUAAAUUUGAAAUGCUGUUCAACGCUAUAGUGUGCAUGUCCACUAGAUGGAGAUGUCAGCCAUAGUAAAGUAAUGGCAGCAUGUUUAACUUAAAUGAUUUUGUUGAAAAUCUAGACCUGUUUUGUUGUUUUGCUAUGUGUUAUAAAUCACUGGUAUAUCCCACAUUAAACAUCAAAAAUACAAACUUGGGUAAAAGUAAAUAAUUCCGUUUUACUUGGGUCAAAAACCAAAUAUCACAUUUUUAAAGAGGAAAAUGUGCAGAGCAAUCUGAUCUCAAUUGAAAAACGGAACCAUGCGUUUUGGGGAUAAUUUAUCCAAAUAACCAAAAUAUAUGAUUUUUGAAAAGAAACAUUUAACUAUUUAAUGAAUUAAUUUGAAAAUGCAAAAGAUUGGGGUAGGUCCAAUGCCUCCAAUGCAAAAGUAUUCAUAAAUAUUUCCAAUAUGUUUGUGUAUCAGUAUGCUUCAUUGGGAUUUCUUUUGACAGAGAAGUCAAGAAUAGACUUCUCUGUCAAAAGAGACAGAUUUUGGAUUUUUAAAUUUUGGAGAAUUUAAUCUCCAAAUCUCAGGUAGAAUCUGUGAAAUUGAAAGGACAAAUGUGCCCUUUCUAUAUAUGUGGCAAUAUGAAAACAAUUGUUGAAAGAAAGGCAGAGAUGUUUUUGUUGCGUCAAUUUUUUCUGGCCUAAAUAAAGAACGCAUAUAUAGUUAAAAGAGAAACUAACACAGCACAUUGCCCUGAACGCAACAUCCCAACUGCAAAACAUUGUGUUGGGAGAGUCACACAGAGGGGAUGCUCUUUGUCAGCUGGGAUAUUGAAGCAGGUCAGAGAGUUGAUGAGGUGAUGGAUGG